AAUAUUUUUUAUUUUUCAGAAAGGAAUAAAAUGAUUUUACUUUCUAUUCUUCUCGGCUUUAUUGUCCGUGGAUCAGAUGCUGGUACUUGGGUACUUGUAGGGGAUAGAGAUAUUCCUCGCUACAGAUAUAUUGAUGAUGGGAUGGAAUGGGAAAUUCUGGAUAAUGUUGCAAAGAGAAAUCAACAGGAUUAUCGAACCACUGAUACCAUUAACAAUCAACCUCAACCACAGUCAACUGAAAAGCAUGAUGAUCAAUCUGCUAUUCAACUAUUUAAUCAAAAUCAAGCGAAAAUAGAUCAAUAUGAAGAAGCAAUGCAAAAUCAACCAAAUAUCAAUCAAUAUGAAGACACAAUACAAAAUCUACCAAAUAUUAAUCAACAUGAAGACACAAUACAAAAUCAACCAAAGAUCAAUCAAUAUGAAGACACAAUACAAAAUCUACCAAAUAUCAAUCAACAUGAAGACACAAUACAAAAUCUACCAAAUAUCAAUCAACAUGAAGACACAGUACAAAAUCAACCAAAGAUCAAUCAAUAUGAAGACACAAUACAAACUCUACCAAAUAUCAAUCAACAUGAAGACACAAUACAAAAUCAACCAAAGAUCAAUCAAUAUGAAGACACAAUACAAAAUCAACCAAAGAUCAAUCAAUAUGAAGACACAAUACAAAAUCUACCAAAUAUCAAUCAACAUGAAACCACAAUACAAAAUCAACCAAAGAUCAAUCAAUAUGAAGACACAAUACAAAAUCAACCAAAUAUCAAUCAACAUGAAGACACAAUACAAAAUCAACCAAACAUCAAUCAAUAUGAAGCCACAAUAAAAAAUCAACCAAGUAUCAAUCAAUAUGAAGCCGCAAUACAAAAUCAACCAAAUAUCAAUCAAUAUGAAGCCAAGAUGGAAAAGGCUGAUUCGUCUAAAAGUAUAUCUGAUCAUUCCUCUAUAAUUCAUUGGACUAAAGUUUCUCCUUCUUAUCCUUACGCACCCCCAAUAGCUUCCUCAGUUUUCCCCCAAGUGUCGAAUGUACCCCCUGUUAUUUCUUAUGUUUCUCCAAACAUAUCCAUUGGACUAUUCAGUGUGUCUGAUAGGCCCCAAACUGUUGCUCAAGGAGCUUCGAAUGUUAAAGCUGCAUCCCAAAUUGCUCCCAAUUUACUUCCAAUUGAUUCUGAUGUUCCCAAAAAUUCGUCUGAAGAUUUAAUGGUUGUAAAUAUUAGUUUAGAUGCUUCAGAAUUAUCUCCGAUUACUUCUGAUAUAUCUUUAGAUGUGUCUGGGCCCUUGUGGGCUCUCAAAGCUGUUUCUACUACAUUAAAUUCUAAUUCGGAUGUAGCUUCCACUUCUUCUGUCCUUCCUCAAAAAUUUUCUGAUGCUUCACCAGAUAUAUCAGAUAUUAAUGCAAGAGAAGAAGUUUCAAUACCUGAUGAAACUUUGGAAGAAACUUUUAAUCUUGAUUACAAUAAAGAUAUGAACAUGGAAAAUAAUCAAGGCUUUUCCUACAUUUCAGAAAAUAAAGCUGUAGGCACCCAAGUCAAUGGCAUCCAAGCAGAGGACACGCAUGCAGAGGGCAUCCAAGCAGAGGACAUCCAAGCAGAAGGCACCCCAGCAGAGUUCAUUAAAACAGAGGACAUCAAAACAGAGAGCUCCCAAGCAGAGAGGUACCAAGCAGAGGUCAUCCAAACUGAGGGCAUCCAAGCAGAGGCCAUCCAAGCAGAGAGCUCCCAAGCAAAGAGCUCCCAAGCAGAGGACAUGCAAGCAGAGGACAUCCAAGCAGAGGGCAUCCAAGCAGAGGACAUCCAAGCAGAUGGCACCCCAGCUGAGUUCAUCCAAGCAGAGGACAUCCAAGCAGAGGACAUUCAAUCAGAGAAUUUGCAAGAAGAAAUCAACAAAACAGAAAUCUCUGGAAAUCAAGAAAGCAGUAUGAAUCAAGAAAGCAGUAUGAAUCCUGGAAAUCAAGAAAGCAGUAUGAAUCAAGAAAGCAGUAUAAAUCCAGGAAAUCACAGUAUGAAUCAAGAAAGCAGUAUGACUCCUGGAAAUCAAGAAAGCAGUAUGAAUCAAGAAAGCAGUAUAAAUCCAGGAAAUCAAGAAAUUAGUAUGAAUCCAGGAAAUCAAGAAAGCCGUAUGAAUCAAGAUAGCAGUAUGAAUCCAGGAAAUCAAGAAAGCAGUAUGAAUCAAGAAAGCAGUAUGAAUCCAGGAAACAUUUAUUUUAAACCUCUUAUUGUUGGAUUGAAUGAUAAAAAACAAGAGCUGCACAGUGCCUUCAAUCCUGUAUUUGUACACAAAACUGACUCUCAUGAUACAGAAAAUAUUCGGAGAAUUCAUCAAGUCCAUGUGGAAAAUAUGGAAAAUCAAGAAAUUUUCUGAAAAGGGACACAUUGAUGAUACAAAAAAUCAAGAGUUUUUCUUCAAAAAAUAUUAUAAUUUUGACAUUUAAAUUUUGAUUUUUCAACAUUUCUCUUUUCUAAUGUUUAGAAUAAAUGUUAAUGCAUUACAUAUAUAGAAAAUUAGAAUCUAUGUCCUAUUUAGCAUAUAGAACUUUUGUUAGUUAGGACUUAUGAUUUUAUAACAGUUUGUGGAUUUAUUUAUUGAAUGUUGGUGAUGAUUUUGAAGAUUCGGAGUCCUUGAUAUAUUUUGUUUGUACACCAUAGAAACUAUGGUAGAAGUAAAUAUUUCCAUUUACUGAUAGCGCCGAUUGAACAAAUUCUUGAAUCUAAUUGGAUAAGAAGAUAUUUUAUUUCUAUUGGUUCAGAAUAGACAACAAACACAAGACUGAACCCUGAUUGGAUUAGGCGCUGAUGGACUCGGCUUACAGGAGUGUGUAACAGGGUAGAUCUUCUUCAAGACUGCUUUGUUUUUCUGAACCAGGCUUGAUCGUCGCCUGGUUGCCUUUUUUACGCACCUAUUGUUAACCUUUAAAUACGAAGUACAAAAUAUGUAAAAGGGAUAAAUAUAUAACUUGUAAAAAUA